UCUAUCGUCUAUAAUAGAAUAGCCGACAUAUUUCAUACUUCCACGUUACUCGUUUCAUAGUGCAUACUAAAUCACUAACGAUUGGAUGUUACCGGCAUGCUGUAAAAGUAGUUAUUAAUUGAGAUCACAUUUUGUUGUAGACUUGUCUGUUAAACGUUAAAAUUCUGUUUAUAAAGUUAUUGUAUUGUAACUAUUAAUUAUUUGUCUAAUCAUUUCUCGCUUAUAUUUAUUUAUAAAUCUACUUGUUCGUCAGUGAAGUGAUUGGUUUUGUCAUCAUCAUUUUCGAUCUUCAAACUAGCCAAGAAGUAAAAUUAAAAAACAACUAGUAAUUCAUAUCCAUGGAACUCAAAUCGGAUAUCAAUCAACAAAACAUUAUUGAAGAAGUCAAUACAUUUUUAUUUGAUAUGCCUUUAGAGUAUUCUCUAGGACAUUGCGUAGCUAAAGAUAUGCGCAUGAGUGCUGGUAUCGCUGUAUAUUUCAAGAGAAUGUUUGGACGAGUUGGCGAAUUGAUGGACCAAAGACCAAAUGUUGGGUCGGUGGCGUAUUUGCAACAUAAUAGUAGAUUUAUUUACUAUUUAAUUACAAAAGAGUAUAGUAAUAGCAAACCAACAUACAGUACUAUAACUGCGGCAAUUAAAAAAUUUCGUGAUUUUGUUGUGAAACACGGUGUUAAACUAUUAGCUAUCCCACGUAUUGGUUGUGGUCUAGAUAAAUUAGACUGGUCAAUAGUAAGAGGCAUUAUUGUAAAUGAAUUUCAAAAUGCAGGAUGUACAAUCAAAGUUUGUCAUUUUACACAUAAUUUUUCAAAAGAGUCAGAAUUAAUUCGAAUUGAACAUCCAAGUACUAUAAAAGUUCAUAAAAAUAUCAAAGAUAUAGAAAAGCGAGAAUUUGAGAAACUGAACAUUAUAUUAUAUUCUCGGAGUACUUCUUUACCAUUGUAUUGGGAUCAACAUUUUCAAUCAGUCGAUGAAAAAUACAGCUUUAAGUCACAAUACUAUGAAGAUUAUAAGGUAGAUCUUAAAGUUGGUCAGUGUUUACAUUAUAGMAGAGUAGAAGCCAACAUAUUUGUCAUCAUCACAAACACAACUACCACAGAUCAUUUUUCUUACCAAAACUUGGAAAAAGGACUUUUAAUAAUAAAAAUGUUGAUUGAAAAGGAUCAGCAGUGUCAUCCAACAUUUAUAAUACACACAAUUGAUAAUCAUACAUUUGAAAAUCUUCUAAAUAAAAAAAUUGUAUCCCUAAUGUGUUCUGCGUUUUUAGAUUUGACUCCGUGUGUGAUUCUUCAAAUAGAAAGUAGUAAAUCACAAACAAAUUAAAGUUAACAAAAUAUACU